GCUGACAUGAUGGAAAUUGAUACCGAUGAAGAUACUUUGCGCCAGCUCGCUGCCGGCGGCUCCAUGAACUUCUCCGCCUGGCCUUUGUUGCUCUGCGAUAUUAUCAACCGCCUCGAGAAGAUCGCUCACAAUGAGUUUCCAAUCCCCGUCAUACCCCCACCCCCGAGGCUCACACCACCACCGGAGCCGCGCUUCCUUGCUCCACUGCCAUCCUCGGACCCCAUAGGACCGUCGGAGCUCAAGAGGGUUGAGCAGAGCAAGGUGCCGACUACAACGACAUCAAAGACCACGGCUACCACAACCGCAGAUGUCUUUUCGUCGCCUGGUUCCUCCCAGGAAAACAACAAGGAGAAUGCGAACCCAAGUUCCAACGAAGCUCAAGCUGUGGCUGACGCACCAGCCGACACCACCACUACGAUCAGCACAUCGGCCGAGCCAGUAGCUUCAUCAUCAUCUCGGGUCACCGACUCACAGGCCCAACAACCCGCUCCUGGCGAGCUGCCAAUACAGAUACAGCAACAGCUGACUGAAAUCACAUCAACUCUCACGACUGGCUUCCCGGACCACCCGCCACACACCAUUCAGCGCCUGGCGGAGCUGGUCUUGCAUCCCCGCCAACACUAUCGCUCUCUCCCAUCGUACCUACAUGCUGUAGACCGGGUCGUGCAUGUUGCCUCUGGCGCCAACAUCUUCCCCCUGUCGCCCGCCGUCAUGGAUCCACGCGCUAUGGCGGCUCUUGCUAAUGGUGUGCCUGGAGGUGCUCCUGCAAACCCUUCCUCGUCUCCUUCAACAUCGACAUCUUCUACGGUAACCGCUCAGCCAGGUCUCGACGAGCAUUUGGGCGGAGCUCUUCUCACACCCAUCCCGUGGCUUACAAACAGACCCGAGAGCGUCGAUGGCGCAGAUGCCGCCCUCAGUCCAGAACCUGACAUGGACGAUGAGGACGGUGAACCUGCCGAUACUCUCCAUUCGCAGCAUCAUCCACAACCACAACAACAGCAUAGCGGUUCCGGUCGGCAGCGUCAUCAGCAGCGGUUAAGCACCGAGUCCACCGAGACCAUCGAGGGUCCCAAUGGAGUGGGCCACAUCGAGACCGUGUCCGUCUCCGUUAACGGUAUUGUCUCGCAUGGUGCCAGCACUUCAGCCUUAGCCGCUGCCCUUGGUCGUGGAGGUACAGAAGCCUCUUCAUCGUCGGCCCUGAGUACGAGCCAGGCCCAGCAGCCCGGGGCAGGAGGUAUUACCCAGGGUGAGCUGCUGCGUGAGGAACAACGUGCCGGUGUCGUCCCUGUCAGUCAGGUUCAGCGCGGUAGGGAAGCUGCACAGUCUCGAGCUGCUGCUUCUGCUGCUGCCCCCGCUGCGGCGGAACCCUCUGGCUCUCCUGUCGGGUCUACACCUACCGAGCAGGGUGAUGAAGAGAUGGAUGAUGCCCUCGGGGAAGCGGACGAGGCAGCCGGUGCGGGUGGUACGGAAUCCGAGGAGGAGACGCCGCACGUCCGUGGACCAGAGGAGAUCGGGCUGGCGGAUACAGGACCACAGGCAGCGGGAACCAGCAUCCCGGCGGCUGGCCAGACGGCACCUAACCUGGCCCUCCAAGACAUUAAUGUGGAGGCAGCCAUGGGACGGCCAGCAGACGAGACACGGGCGGCGUCGGCCCCAACUUCGCUAACCUCCUCGGAACCAAGCGGUGUGGCUCUGGACUCGGGGGAUGAUGCACCGCGAGACAGAGCUUCGACCCCGAAGCGUGACGCAGAUGGUGAGCCAGCUUCGAGAGACGAGCCCCCUGCCAAGAAACUGCGCGAGAGCCCUCAGGAAGCCGUCAAAGACUCCCAGGAUGGAGAAAAGCCGGCACAGGAUGGGGCUCAAGGUGCCGAGCCCGAUAGCAAGGAAUAG